AUGUCUUCCGAAGGUUCGACGCGGGAUGUCGAGACCCAGUCCAGAUCCGUGUCCUCUUGGCUUCGUCCUCAUGACAGGGCUAUAUCGAAAGAAGAAAAAGGAAAUGAAAGUUCUGGAGAUUCUGGCAACUCCGUAGCCGGUCUAUUUAAGUCGAGAACGGACGCCGCCAAACCGAAUUCUUUCGAGCUUCUUGAAGUGAAAAGCGAGCCAAAUGAGUUCGAAACGGCUGUGCACACUGAGGCUUACAAACAGGUCUUUGGCUUAGCCGGACCAUCUCAGCCAGGCAAGAAGAAACGCCGAGUCAAAAAGAGCGUUCCCGAUCCGCCUGGUUCGACCCUUUCGACCGAGGACUCUCUUCACGAUUUGAGGGAGAGCUGCCACUUUUCUGAAGAUAUUGAAAUAUUGGUACCAUCUUCUUACUGUCGAGCUGAUGAGCCUCCAGAAGGAUUUUUUACAGUGUACGAGAGCUACUUCCACGAUUGCUUUCUAUGGUUUCCAAUCCCGUACGUUAUUUUGGAGUUUUUGAAGGAGCUUGAGCUAUCUAUUUCCCAGAUCACUCCUCGAGGAAUUCGUCAUAUGGUUGGAAUUCUUGUUCGCGGCUAUGAGUGCGAUGAGGACAUUAGUGCCUACCAUUUGUUGAACCUUCUGGAAUUCAGACAAUCCUCCCCGAAAAACAAAUUUGUCUAUUACGCGUCGAACAAGAAGGAUCGUCGCAUCAUUAGGGGAUUUCCAAGCAAAGAUCGACAAUGGAUUGAUUUUUUUUUCUAUGUACCGAUUUGCGAGGCGAUAUUAGGCAAUGGUAUCGAGCUAAUUAAGACGAGCUGGCAACGAAUGGGUAGCCGACCUGUUGCCCGUUUUUGGCCCGGCUCGUCGAGUUUUUCGUGCCGAUGA